AAGAAAGAAAGACACGAACACACACACACUCUCUCUCUCUGUUUACAGUUCUAAGAUAACAAAGAUCCAAUCCCAAUCAAAGCAACCCUGCUUCCCGUCUCUAAUGCAGCAGUGCACUCUCUCUCUCUCGCUCUCUCUCUGACUGUUGUGUACUGUUGGAUCAACCUCAGAUUCUGUCCAUUAAAGGUUUGCCCUGUCUGUGAAGCUCUCUGGUUCACAUCACACCCAUUGAGAUCUUUCUUCCAUCUCUGAUCUCCCUUCUCUGGUCGUGACCCCGAAGCAAACUUGUUUUUGUUGCUUCAAGUGCCAUUAUGUCUCCCUUCAAUGCGUGAUUGAGGUGAAGUGCAGGAGUUUCGGAUAUCGAUCGGACAUUUCUCUAUUCUCAUGGCUGGAGAAUUCGAAGAUUCAUACGGCUUUAGCUUUCAGGCAGAUUCCAUUCACUCUGGCUCGAUUUCAUUUGGAAGGUUCGAGAGUGAACCCUUGUCAUGGGAAAGGAGGUCUUCUUUCUCGCACAACAGAUAUCUCGAGGAAGUUGAGAAGUACUCGAGACCCGGUUCAGUGAAUGAGAAGAAAGCCUAUUUUGAAGCACAUUUUAGGAAGAAGCUUCUUUUGCAGCAAUCUUCAACGGACGAACAAACUGUUACUGAAAACCAAAAUGACGAACACGGCUCAUCCGAGAACACAGAUUACAGGGAAGAGUUUCAAGACACAGGUCACAGGGAAGGUUUUCAGAGCAUCGAGAUUCAGAAUACAGGUUACAUUGAAGAGUUUCAGAACAUCGAUCACAGGGAAGAGUUUCAGCUUGCAAAUAAGGAGCCUGAAUCUUGUCACUUUGAUGAGAGCCCUGAAAGCUCGGUAUGUGGCAGAGGUGAAUCCGAAGUUAGAAGCAGCCCCGCGGAAGAGUCUCAAAUAGACAAGGUGCAAAGUGAAAUCGAGGUUACUGUGCAUAGUGUUCCUGUAGAGGUUUCUGUUGAAACAGAGACGAAAACAGAACAAGCACCUGAAUGUGAUGGAAAAGAAGAGGAGGUUUCAUCACAAGUCAGCAGGUCAUCUCUUAAAUAUGGCAGAAGUGAGACCACCUGCAGAUCCGAGAACCAUUGCCCUUCUGCAAAAAUGGCAGAUGCUGUUGAACUCAAGCCAAGGAAAAUCAGUCCAAAGUCUCAGCCCUCAGGGGCUCAUUGGUGGAAACAUGUUCGUCAUGAAACAGCUGAGGAUUCUCAGAAGAAGACGGGCAGCAGAAUAGGAACCCCACUGAAAACAAAUAAAGAAAGGCCAGCUUGGGGAACCUCAGUUACAGCUACACAUUCAGUACGAGGAACACCAAAGUCAGAGAAUAGAGAUAUCCAGAGAUCGAGAGCAAUGCCCGAGAACAGAAGUGUCAGGGAAUCGAAGGGCAAGAAAUUUACUGAAUCUUCACCAAUGGCGACAAUUAAGGUCAAUACAAGGGGAGAUUCUACUGGCAGCAGGCUUUGGCAAAAGGAAGAAGCGAAGAAGCCUGAGGUGAAGCCAAAGACUGGAAGCUUCAACUUCAAGAGCGAUGAACGAGCUGAAAGAAGGAAAGAAUUUUUUAUGAAGUUGGAAGAGAGAAUGCACGCCAAGGAGACCAAGAUAAGUCAGAUCCAAGCAAAAGCACAGGCAAAAUUUCCUCAAUUGCUUAUCAGAUUGAUGAUGAAGGUGCUUUUAUAUCAUGAGUUGUUGCUAUUUUUCAUUCUACAUGAAUUAUGUUUGGGUUUACGGGUGCAGGAACGAAAGGAAGCUGAGAUCAAGCAAUUCAGGAAGAGCCUCAAAUUUAAGGCAACCCCGAUGCCUUCAUUCUAUCAAACUGAUGCAAACAAGUCUUCAAGAAAAAUCAAACCAACUCAAUCACUGAACGAGCCUCCGGGUUCACAGAAACGAUCCACUCCUAGAUCCCGACCCCAGUCUAAGACCGGAGCUCGAUCAUUCUCUUCCGCAAGCAAUGCUAUGAGUAUUACCAAUUCUCUCAACAUCACCAGCGAAUCAAUCUCAACAACUGGAGUGGUUAAAAGCCAGAAAGACAUCAGGACAGGCCGGACCAUGGUUGGAAAUCGUACAAUGAAAAAUGAGAUGCCGAAUAAGGGAACCCGGAGUGUCGGGAUGAGCAGAACGGCCCAUGUCGCGGUUAUUCGUGUUGGCUCCUGAGAAGAAUGUCGUAAUGGACUCCUCUAUAGCUGCUAUAUCUCUUAUUUAUGGUUAGAAUAGCUAUGGCGCUAGUGUAUGUAAUUAAUUAAAAUUCAUUCUGUACUAAUGUCAAGUUUGAAUAAAAAUAUCUAUUUGAUACAUAUUACAA